AUGUCGUCGUCUUCAAGCAGUAAUGUGAGACACUGUGGAUGUGGAGAUCCAGUUGGAAUGUGGACGGCAAGGACACGAAAGAAUCCUGAUCGGGGGUUCAUUGGUUGCACAAACUACAAUGAUGAAGACAUAAAUUGCAUAUUUUUUUGUUGGAUUGACCCACAACUCCCAAAGAAGUGGUAUAGAGAGAAGAUGUAUGAAUUGAGAGCUCAAGUCAAUGGUGAACAUCUUAUUUUAGAUGGUCCCGCGAUGCUCCUGUCAAUUUUCAUGUCAAUGAAGCCCCUCUUCAAGUUAAGUUUCAAGAUAUUCAUGAACAUGGUAAUGGUCAUCGAGUUGAAGGUUGUCAAGUUGGAAUUAUCAAGUUUAUGCUGGUAG